AUGGCCCGCCACCGCCCGCACCACACCCGAAGGCCCGCCACCGCCCGCACCACACCCGAAUGGCCCGCCACCGCCCGCACCACACCCGAAGGCCCGCCACCGCCAACACCACAGACGAAGGCCCGCCACCGCCCGCACCACAACCGAAGGCCCGCCACCGCCCGCACCACAACCGGAAGGCCCGCCACGGCCCGCCCCACACCGAAGGCCCGCCACCGCCCGCACCACACCCGAAGGCCCGCCACCGCCCGCACCACACACGAAGGCCCGCCACCGCCCGCACCACACCCGAAGGCCCGCCACCGCCCGCACCACACCCGAAGGCCCGCCACCGCCCGCACCACACCCGAAGGCCCGCCACGGCCCGACCACAACCGAAGGCCCGCCACCGCCCGCACCACACACGGAGCGCCCGCACGGCCCACCAACACCCGAAGGCCCCACCGCCCCACCACAACCCGAGCCCGCAACGCCCGCACCACACACGUAGUGCCGCCACUCCCGUCACCACACCCGAAUCCCUCCACCGCCCGCACCACAACCGAAGGCCCCCAACUCCCCACAACAACCGAAUUCCCUGCCACGUCCGCACCACACCCUGAUCCCCACGCCCGCCACCACACCCCGAAGCCGCCACCGCCCGCACCACACACGAAGUCCCUCCACUCGCCCACCACACCCGAAUGCCGCCACCGCCGCACCACACCCGAAGGCCCGUCCACAUCCCGCACCACACCCGAAGUCCGCCACGCCCGCACCACACCGAAUGCCCGCCACCGUCCCGACCACAACCAAUUCCCUCCACCUCCCUGCAAAACCACACCCUAA